AUGAAGGUCAUCUCUCUCCUCGCCCUUGCCGGAUCUGCUGCUGCCUUUGCUCCCACUGCCCAACAAGGCCGUGCUUCCACUUCGGUCGCCGCUUUCGAGAAGGAAGUUGGUGUCACUGCUCCUUUGGGAUUGUGGGAUCCUUUGAAGCUCAUUCAAGACGGAAACCAAGAAAAGUUUGACGCCCUUCGCGAGCGUGAACUCAAGCACGGGCGUGUUUCCAUGCUUGCCGUCGUCGGUUACUUGACCACUGCCGCCGGAAUCCGUUUCCCCGGUGCCGAGAAUAUCCCCGAUGGUCUUGCCUCUUGGCAAGCACUUUUGGACACUCGCGAUGGCCAAAACGUCCUCAUGCAAAUGUUGGCCUUCUUUGCCGUGGCCGAGAUUGUCAACCGUGACGCCGAUUGGCUCGACAACAAGGCCGAAUUCGUCGGUGACUACCGCAACGGUGCCCUUGACUUUGGAUGGGACAAGUUGGACGAAGCCACCAAGUUGCGAAAGCGUACCAUUGAAUUGAACCAAGGUCGUGCCGCCAUGAUGGGAAUCUGGGGACUUGUUACCCACGAAGUUAUGGGAAACUCCAUCCUUCCAGGAGGUUACCUUCCAGGACAUUAA